CGCCAAUGUGGCUUGUUUGCCUUCUGGCUCUCCAGCGUCCCCUCCCACCCAAAAUUUCUCGAGUCAUCGCCACAGCACCACGCACCACACACGCACGCACGCGCACCGCACCACACACCAGCUAGGCUCGCAAAAGCUCGUUGAGACAAGACGCCCACUCACUCCAACCUUUCCCUCCCACACUCCAAACUGCUGCUACAAGGCACGGCAACACAACUUGCUUUGCAGAUUCUUUGCUGUCAUGGGUACGUUGGGCUUUUUCCCUUUCCGCCGCUCCAUCUCCAAAUCCCAUCCAUCUUCUCCCCCUUCGCACAUCCCGUCGCCCAUUUAGUGCUGCUGCUGCACUUGCUUCCUCUUUCUCUUUUUACCCCUCGUAUUCCCUUCCUUCCUCCGGUUACCCGUCUUUUCCCACCAUCUCCAUCUCGGUGGCUUGACUGCUCUCAACACUUCUGAGCCGGUUUGUUCUCCAUUGCCUUCGUCGUACCACCAUCGCCAUCGUCGCACCCUGCCUCCCUCUCACCCGGAUCCCUCCAUCAACCUUUGACGUUGUCGCCUGGCUACCUCUGCCUCUUGUCAUCGUCGCCGUCCUCGCCUUCUCCCCCGCGUUGGCAACUACUGUUCCGAUCCUGAGCGAUUUAAUUGAGAACGCGCCGUUGGUUUGCGAUAGGGAACAGUCCGUCCCUUCUUCUUCACACACCACUACACUGAUUGCGACUCUUUGCGUCAUCGCUGCCCCUCUCAUCUCUCACCCUCCUUGCCGACGUUGCUGCCCGUCUAUCGUGCUUCCUGUAUGAGUCCCUCUAACAUCGUCACAGCUGAUUCGGGUGACAACUAUAGACCCCGCGAGAGAUCUCGUUCCCCCCGUCGCCGCUCAAGAAGCCCUGGUAGGCAAGCAAGACGCCGCUCAUACUCUCCUCGCAGCCGUUCGGGCAGUCGCGACGAUUAUCGCCGAGGACGUGACAGAUCCCCCAUGUCUGGAAAUAACAACACAGGUAACGCCCCCGCGUCGGGCUACGGUGGCGGCCAGGGCCAGCAGCGCUCUUUCGAAGACCGCUCCGCUGCUCGCGAACAAAUGAUGAGCAACAUCCGCGAGACUUCUCAACAGGAUCGCCGUGUUUACGUCGGAAACCUUGCGUACGAUGUCAAGUGGCACCAUCUCAAGGACUUCAUGAGACAGGGUGAGGAUUUACAGUUUGAGGAGGGAUGUAUUGGGGGCUGACUUGGGAACAACAGCUGGAGAGGUACUCUUCGCGGACGUCUUAUUACUUCCGAAUGGAAUGUCGAAGGGAUGCGGAAUUGUGGAAUAUGCUACAAGAGAUCAAGCGCAGCAAGCUGUUGCUCAGCUGAGCAACCAGACCCUGAUGGGCCGCCUUGUCUACGUCCGCGAGGACCGCGAGGCUGAGCCACGCUUUGUUGGCUCCAACGGCCCCAACCGUGGCGGCUUCCAGGGCGGUGCCCCUGGUGGUGGUAACUUCAACCCCAACUUUGGUCACGGUGGCGGCCACGGCGGCCAUGGCGGCUUCAAUGCUGGUGGUGGUGCCCCUGGUCGCCAGAUUUACGUUGCCAACCUUCCUUUCAAUGUUGGAUGGCAAGAUCUUAAGGAUCUUUUCCGCCAGGCUGCUCGCAAUGGUGGUGUCAUCCGUGCCGAUGUCCACAUGGGCCCCGAUGGCCGCCCCAAGGGUUCCGGUAUUGUUGUGUUUGAGAACCCCGACGAUGCCCGCAGCGCUAUCCAGCAGUUCAACGGCUACGACUGGCAGGGUCGCAUGAUCGAGGUCCGUGAGGACCGCUAUGCCGGCGGUGGUAUGGGCUACGGUGGCCGUGGCGGCUACGGUGGCAUGCGCGGUGGUAUGGGUGGCGGCUUCGGCGGCCGUGGAGGUUUCGGCGGUGGCCGAGGUGGUUUCGGAUACGGUGGUCGUGGUGGCUUCAACGCCGGCGGCCCUGGCGGAGCUUCCUUUGACCCCAACGCUCCUCCCCCAGCUCCCAACCCGUUCACUGACCACGCCACCUCCGGAACUGAGAAGGGUGACAUCAUCUAUGUCCGAAACCUGCCCUGGUCCACUAGCAACGAAGAUCUCAUCGAGCUCUUUACCACGAUUGGUAAGGUCGAGCAAGCCGAGAUUCAGUAUGAGCCCAGUGGUCGCUCCAGAGGUUCUGGUGUUGUCCGAUUUGAUUCCGAAGACAACGCUGAGACCGCCAUUUCCAAAUUCCAAGGUUACCAGUAUGGUGGCCGCCCUCUCAACUUGAGCUUUGUCAAGUACAUGAACCAGCAGCAGCCCCAGCAGCCUGGUCCUGAGAGUAUGGAGACUGACGCUCAUGCCGGCCUCACCCAAGACCAAAUCAUGUAAGCCAGAAUUGAAAUGGAAACCUAUGUCUGGAGGAAUUCGCACGACACCCUAUGUUUACAGCGCGAAAGCAAUGUAAAUAGCUUGUGGUAUUCGGUGGAGUUUGAUGGCCACUAUACUUGAUGUAACUCAGUUUUUGAUGGUAUGGAGCCUUGUUAUUUCGGAUGCUUUGAUAUUUUUUGUACGAAAAAGAAAUUGGGCUAUGUACUCAGAUUUUCAUGCAAUCUUUUUCAUAUUUCAUUCAUUCACUCUUGUGUCCGCAUAUAACGUGAAGGCCGUAGAGUCCGCAUAUUUCAGAGCGACUCACCUUUCGACUUCUCUAAGCGUAUUCCUAGACAUAUAUCGCAUAUGAAGAAUGAGAUUUUGAAAUUUUUGAACAAUUGGAUAUAUUUUGGACAACGCUAUAAGUAUGCUCAUGCUGCUGCCGUCUUCUUUUUUUUGGCCUUGGCCUUCUUCUUGCUUCGGUCUCGAGGCUUCAGCGCUGUCAUGCCUGUCUUGCAGACUUCACCGUAUCGCACGUAGAAUCCCUCCAAAUCUCCGGGCUCUACAACCGUCGAUAUCUUUAUUUUUUCGGCUCUGUUUCGUUUCGACUUGCCAUUCGUGGCCCGCACGAUGACUGGUGACUGCGUAAGUUGCUCCUCUGUCUGACCCUCCUUUGCGUCGCUCAUUUCGGCGUCCUGGCCGUACGACA